AUGGAUUAUAUUGCAGAAACUAUCGCUUUAAGUAUAGAUUCUCUUAUUCUAGCAGCAUGUAUUAAACAGUUUUACAAAAAUAAAAAUGCAAUGGCAAUGAUUCAAGGUGCUCCUUACCUAGACAUAAAUAAAGAUUUAAAAGAAAUUGUAGGCACACAUCCAGAAAAAAAAUUAACCUAUGUAUCAAUUAGGGGGACUGUAAAACCCUUAGGGAACCCUAUAUUUAGUAAUACUAAUCCUAAUGUAAAGGGCGUUAUACAGUUGUUAAGGAUAAAAGAGCAUGUUAUUCAACGAAGCACGGCAGGAUUUUGGGCUGAUUCUGAAAGAGUAAUACAGGAAGUACACAAUGUCAUGCCUUUUGCACUUGAAAAUAAAGGAAUUCAAAUUGAAGUAUGUGAUGCUCUAGCUGCCGAUGUAUUAGAUAUGGAUGUAAUAGCCGAUAAUUUCCAACCAACUGUCCCUAGUGUAAUUGAUCAUAUAUGGAGUUUUUUUGCUGGGGUAAGACAGAGAGGUGUACAAUCUACAGAAAAAAUGCUUAGGACAGGAACUGUUAUAACAGGUAUUGGAGAACUGGUGGCAGGCAAAGAUGGAAAUCUAAAGUUACAACCCCCUUCAAAUGAUGGCCCUUUCUACCUAACUAAUAUGAGAGUAACAUCUUUAUUAAAAAAACUUGAUGGUUCUAAAAGAAAUUAUAAAAUAUUGUGUAUAGUGUUUGGCUCGAUUGCUGUAGUACUAGGUGGACUUAUUGUAAGGAAAUACUUGAGGAUAAGAAAAGAAAAAGGUGAUGCAGAAAAACAAAGAAUGCAAUUAGAAUUAUCAAGAAGAGAAAGGAGGAGACGAAUUAGAGAUGAAGAUCUUGAUGAAAAUCAGCUGUGUGUUGUUUGCAAGACAAAUCCAAAAGAGAUGAUAUUAAUUCCAUGUGGCCAUGUAUGUCUAUGUGAAGACUGUUCAGCAGAUAUCACAGAGAACUGUCCCAUAUGUAGAUCAGAAAUAAAUUAUAAACAUGUGGCUUAUGGAAUAUAGAAUUUUAUAAUAAAAUUGUAAAAUUAAAUUGAUUCAAAUUCAUUUAAGUUUGGUGCAGUUUUGACAUUUCAAUGGUUUUAAAUUAAUUUAUUUAAAUAUGUAUUUAUUGACUACCUGUCAUCAUGUACAGUAAAUUUUAUUAAUUUCAGUGUAGUAAAACUAGGUAUGAUGAUAAAAACAGUACUCCAAACAAAUGGUUUUAUUAUAUUUGAUCAAAUAAAACCUG